AUAUAUUUCAGGUCCCCGGGAAAGAAAUUACCGGGCCGGCCUAAGCAUCACCGGAUAAUAUUGAUCCACCUGCGACAUCCAGAAACCAAAGAGUUGUUGGAUCAAGAUGCCCGUCGUUAGCCCAGAAAAGCUGGCAAAGCUGCAACAAAACUCAGAUGACGUGCGAAAUAUAUGCAUUCUAGCCCACGUGGUAGGUUUUGUGUCCCAAAGGGCUGCAGCACCGAGCCAGCAGCGCUGAUCAACUUGCGCUUAGGAUCAUGGCAAGACAUCACUCACAGAUGCUCUUCUUGCCACAAAUGGUAUCAUCUCGCCCAAGCUAGCCGGCAAAAUCCGGUACUUGGACUCGCGCCCAGACGAGCAGCUCAGGGGGAUCACCAUGGAGUCGUCUGCCAUCUCACUCUACUUCUCGAUGUUGCGGAGACCGAGUCCCGACGCCACCCCUGAACAGAAGGAGUACCUCAUCAAUCUCAUUGACUCGCCGGGCCAUAUCGACUUUAGCAGUGAGGUUUCCACGGCGUCUCGUCUGUGUGACGGCGCUGUUGUUUUGGUCGACGCCGUGGAAGGGGUGUGCAGUCAAACGGUCACUGUACUGAGGCAGACAUGGAUCGAGAAGCUCAAGCCUAUCCUCGUCAUAAACAAAAUAGACCGUCUCAUCACCGAGCUGAGAAUGACGCCCGGCGAGGCAUACGUCCACCUCAGCAAACUUCUAGAGCAAGUCAACGCCGUUCUUGGAAGCUUUUUCCAGGGCGAGCGCAUGGAGGAGGAUCUCAACUGGCGGGAGCGCAUGGAGGCUCGAGUCGCUGCCUCGGCGGCAAAAGAGGCAAAGGUGGCAGACCAAGUGACAGACUCUGGGGAGCUCCAGUACGAGGAGAAGGAUGACGAAGAACUCUACUUCGCUCCGGAGAAGAACAAUGUCAUCUUCGGCAGCGCGAUUGAUGGUUGGGCUUUCACCGUGAGGCAAUUCGCCGGCCUGUACGAGAAGAAACUCGGUAUAAAACGCAGCGUCUUGGAAAAGGUUCUCUGGGGGAACUUCUACCUGGAUCCCAAGACGAAGAAGGUUCUGGGUCACAAGCAUUUGAAGGGACGGUCGUUGAAACCGCUCUUUGUUCAACUAGUUCUCGACCAGAUUUGGGCAGUCUACCACGCCACCGUCGGCGACCACAACGGCAAGGGCGACGCUAGCCUCCUCGAGAAGAUCACCAAAUCGCUCAACAUCACAAUCCCCCCACAUAUUGCCCGAUCGCGCGACCCGAAACUCCUCCUCACGACCGUCUUUAGCUCCUGGAUACCUGUAUCCGUCGCUCUGUUGGUCUCCGUCGUGGAAUCGCUACCAUCACCAAGGACGGCCCAGGCUGAACGCUUCCCGUUGCUGCUGGAAGACGUGCCAGGCGCAGACCACAUCGACCCCAAGGUCAAAGAAGCCGUGGUCUCCUUCAAAACGGCACCGUCAGACCCGGUGGUCGCCUACGUAAGCAAGAUGGUCUCAGUGAAGGAGAGCGAAUUGCCGGAGAACAAGCGACGUGGGCCUAUGAGUGGCGAAGAGGCACGGGAAAUGGCCAGGAGAAAGCGUGCCGAAGCUGCUCGAGCACAAGGCGACCUGAACGGAGGCAACGAUAUGGACGCCCUCGUGUCAGCAUUCUCUGGCGCUACAUUGGAGCCGGAGGUUCAAGGAGACGAGAAACAGAUCGAGCCUGAGCACCUGAUAGGCUUCGCGCGGAUGUACUCCGGAACGCUGUCUGUCGGUGACGAAAUUUACGUCCUCCCGCCCAAGUUCUCACCAGCCCAUCCGCGUGCGGAGCCGGUGCCGAAGAAGAUCAAGGUGACGGCGCUCUACAUGCUGAUGGGCCGGAAUCUGGAGGCUCUCGACUCCGUUCCUGCCGGAGUGGUCUUUGGGAUUCGGGGGCUUGAAGACAGCGGUAUCCUCAAGUCUGGCACCCUCUGCAGUCAGUCGGAUGGAGCGAUCAACCUGGCAGGCAUCGCAAACCUUCACGGUCGGCCGAUUGUGCGUGUAGCCCUGGAGCCCGUCAACCCGGCCGAUCUGGACAAGAUGAUACGAGGCCUUCAUCUGCUAGUCCAGAGCGACCCCUGUGCCGAGUACGAGCACUUCGCCACCGGAGAGCACGUUCUACUUACCGCUGGAGAGCUGCACCUAGAACGUUGCUUGACAGACUUGCGGGAGCGGUUUGCUGGCUGUGAGAUCCAAUGCGGCGCGCCCAUUGUCCCCUAUCGGGAAACAAUCGUCCGCGCGGAGGAGAUGCGCCCUCCGGCCAACAAGGAGCUCGGCCGCGGCGUGGUAGUUGGCGUAACGAGCUCUAAGCAAGUCACCAUUACCCUGCGAGUCAGGCCCUUACCUAGGGACGUCACCAACUUCCUGGUCAGGAACACAGGCGGCCUCAAGCGGCUAUACUCUGAUCGCAAAGCUGCCGAAGAGGGCGACGACGAAGGGCAAGCUGCCGCCAAACAGACCACAGAAGACCGCGCUGCUCAGGACGACUCGGCAGAGGCGGAUGAUGAAGUCACCGCAGCCAUGAAGGUUCUCACCCCCGAGGAACUUGCAAAGCAAUUGCAGUCACAGUUCGACAGCGAAAAGGCCCGCACCGAGUCUUGGAAAGGCGUUGUCGACCGCAUCGUUUGCUUCGGGCCGCGCAGAACUGGCCCCAACCUCCUCAUUGACGCCACCAAGGAACAGUUCCUACCCAAGGUUUUCAACCAUCACGCCAACCACAAUAAUAACGGCACCAGCCGUCCCUUAGCCAACGAGGCCCUCCACCCGUACCACUUCUCCGACAAGAUCACUUACGCCUUCCAGCUCGCCACCCACCAAGGGCCCCUCUGCCACGAGCCAGUCCACGGCGUGGCCGUCUUCAUCGAAGACGUCUCGGUUGCCUCGGCCGAAGGCAUCGGCGACGACGCGGCAUCGGCGCGCGAUCGCCUGGGCCGUCUGACGGGCGAGGUGAUCAAGACGGUGCAGCAGUCCAUCCACAAGGGCUUCCUCGACUGGUCGCCGCGGCUCAUGCUGGCCAUGUACUCGUGCGAAAUCCAAGCCUCAACCGAGGUCCUCGGCCGCGUCUACGACGUCCUGACCAGGCGCCGUGGCCGUGUACAGUCCGAAGCCAUGAACGAAGGCACGCCGUUCUUCACGAUCCAGGCUCUCCUCCCGGUCGCCGAGUCCUUCGGCUUCGCCGACGACAUGCGCAAGCGCACCUCGGGGGCGGCGCAGCCGCAGCUCAUCUUCGCGGGGUUCGAAAUCCUCGACGAGGAUCCCUUCUGGGUGCCCUUCACCGAGGACGAUCUCGAAGACCUGGGCGAGUUUGGCGACAAGGAGAACGUUGCGAAGAGGUAUAUGGACGGGGUCCGGCGACGGAAGGGUUUGUUGGUGGAAGGGAGGAACGUGGCCACGGAUGCGCAGAAGCAGAAGACCUUGAAGAGGUAAUACUCACUUGCUAACGGAGAGUGGACGGAUGGAUGGAUGGAUGGAUGGAUGAAGAAAACAAAUACCUACCUACCCUUGAUACCGGGGAAUGUGCGCUUAGCAUGAUUCAGCAAUAGAAGGAAGGUGAUGACUACAGGGGCCAUG